AUGCCGGCCAACCGGAGAAAGUCCAAGUCCAAGGCGCCUGUGACGUUCGCGGAUUUGGCGAUCUACUUCUCCAAGGAGGAGUGGGAGUGGCUGAGCCCCCCUCAGAAAGAAUUGUACGAGGAUGUCAUGCUGGAGAACUACCAGACCCUGGUGUCUCUCGGAUUUUGCCUCCGGAGACCCAACGUGAUCGCUCUGCUGGAGAAAGGGAAGGCGCCUUGUGUACCAGAACCAGCGAAGAAGAAGCCCCGGGUCCCCGACUCAGGGUCUCAGUGUAAGACUAAGAAAGUACCUGCAAGUCAGCAAAGCAAAGCUGGGCCAAGCACCCAGCAGAAGCCAACUUCUGCACAAAAGAAAGCUCCCACGGGAAAGAAGGGCAGUAAGGUCCCGGGGAGAUCAAAGAAGGGGCCCUCUGCGAAGAAGUCUCUAAAAUGCAGCGACUGUGGGAAAUCCUUCCAUCAGAGCUCGUCUCUGAAGCUUCAUCAGCUCUCUCACGCUGGGGAGAAGUCUUACCAGUGCAGCCACUGUAAGAAACCAUUAAGACAGAUCUCCUCCCUCAUCCUUCAUGAGAAACUACACACCCGAAAGAAAAUUCAUCAAUGUGGCAAAUGUCAGGAGCGCUUCAGUCAGAGGACAACCCUUAUUCUCCAUGAGAGAACUCACGGUGGAAAGGAGGCUUCUGAUGCUGGCAGUGCCUCUGAUGUUGGCAGUGUCUCUGAUGCUGGCAGUGCCUCGAGUCAGGGCCCAUCUGCCAGUGUGCUGCAGAAAGCCCCCUUUGUUGAGAAGGACCACCAGUGCAGGAAAUGUGGGAAAACCUUCAUUCGGAUGUCCUCCGUUUUGCUUCAUAAGAAAAUCCACAACAGAAAGAAAAUCCACAAAUGCAGGAAAGGUUUCCGGAAGAGAUCAGCCCUUGUUAAGCAUAAAAAAAGUCACACAAAAGAGAAAGGCUGCCAAGGUGAGAAAGGCUUGGGUCAGAGUCGACAGCCACGGAAGCGCUUGUCAGUGAAGCCCUACAAUUGUAGGAAAUGCGGGAAAUCCUUCAGUAAGAUCCCAUCCCUUCUGCUCCAUCAGGGAGUUCAUGCUGCAAAGAAACCCUACAAGUGUGAAAGAUGUAAGAAGGUCUUCAAGCGCUUCUCAACCCUUGUCCUACAUCUGAGAACUCACAGCGGAGAGAAAAUCUACAGGUGCAAAAAGUGUGAUAAGGUCUGGAAUCGGCACUCGUCCCUUCUGCAGCAUCAGAAAAUCCACAAGAGGAAAAAGAAGCGCAUCGAAUGCAAGGAAUGCGGGAAGAUGUUUUCUGGCCUCGCCAACCUUAAGAUCCACCAGAAUAUCCAUUCUGAAGACAAGCCGUUCAGAUGCAGUAAGUGCAGCAAAGUGUUCGGCCGCCAGUCCUUUCUUAUCGAGCAUCAGCGGAUCCACACGGGAGAAAAGCCGUACCAGUGCGAGGAGUGUGGCAAAGCCUUCAGCCACCGCAUCUCCCUCACGCGCCACAAGAGAAUCCACACCGAGGACAGGCCCUACGAGUGCGAUGAGUGCGGGAAGGCCUUCAGCCAGAGCGCGCACCUGGCCCAGCACGAGAGGAUCCACACCGGCGAGAAACCGUACACGUGCAAGACGUGCGGGAAGGCCUUCAGCCAGCGCACGUCCCUCAUCCUCCACGAGCGGAGUCACACCGGCGAAAAGCCUUACGAGUGCAACGAGUGCGGCAAGGCCUUCAGCAGUGGCUCGGACCUCAUCCGGCACCAGCGGAGUCAUUCUUCUGAGAAGCCCUACGAAUGCAGCAAGUGUGGGAAAGCCUACAGUCGGAGCUCAUCCCUCAUUCGCCACCAGAGUACACAUUCCGAAGAAAAGGAAGAAGAGAAG